CAACGACCUUAGUUAGUAAGAAUUGAACCCGAUGCGGCAGCUUUGUUGAAGAUCAGUGUUAGCCCGGCUGACUAAUGUAAAUAUCUUCAUGUCUCGCGAAGACCAUCUUCGAUCAAAGUGCCUCAGAUUGAGGGCUUAAAUGAAUUGGGCGUCCCCGAUAUGAGCUUUGCUCACUUUUUUGCUGAAACCGAUGUGCAAUCGGUGUACCCAAUUCGAUUGGGCUCAGGCUUAUUGGAAAAUAUGUGUAAGACUGGUGUGAGACCAGUGUACCAGUUCGACUAGGUCACAUAUUUUCUUUAUUAUACUGAGCAAGACCGGUGUAGUAACCAGCGUGCCAGGCCAGACCUGUGUCUUAGUCUUCCAAUAAGAUAAUGCUGCUGGCCGGGCCAGAUCAACAUUGGAGAAUUAACCAUGUCGGAUGGUUUCGAGCCCUCUCCAAGGCCCAAAAUGCACCUUUCUUCCAGGGCCCCCUCUUCCGGACGUUCUGUUUUCAUGGUGGCUUGAACUGGAAAUCAAAGCUCCGAAUGGGCAAGUCCGGUGGAGGGUAUUCCUUAUUACAUUUGCUAAAAAAGGCCUUCAGAUCACCCCCCAACAAGGACACCCAGAAAAGCAGCAGCCGAAGGAGAGACUUCGAAUCCGAUUACGAACAACAACAAGAAGAAGAAGAAGAAGAAGAAGAAGAAGAAGAAGAAGAAAAGCAGCAGAAGCCAGGGAAACGCCGGUGGAUGUCGCGAAGGCCGCCAGAGAAAACAAAUGUCCCCAACAAGGUUGCAGUGGGAAGAAGCGAGUCUCGCCGCGAGAAACAGACAAUGGCAAUGGCCAUGGCCACGGCGGCAGCAGCGGAGGCCGUGGCGGCAACGGCACAAGCGGCGGUGGAGAUGAUUCGCCUCACCAGGCCUUUCCUUCUCGUCAAAGAGCAACGGGCUGCUACUUGCAUCCAGACCGCUUUUAGAGGAUACUUGGGGAGAAAAGCACUUGGAGCACUGAAGGGGGUGGUGAUGCUGCAGGCGGUGGUAAGAGGGCAUAAUGUGCGGAGGCGGGCAAAGAUGACUCUACAGUGUAUGCAGUCGCUGGUGAGAGUGCAGACUCAGGUGUGCGACCGGCGAAGAAGAAGACUGUCGUGUGAGGGGAGAAUGAAUCAUUAUUAUCAACAUCAUUGGUCACCCGACCCAAGAUCCCCCACGAUGUUGAGCACAAGUAAGGAAGAAGAAGACAGAGUAAGCUAUGAGGAGCUUUGUGACAAGCUGCAGGGACGACGACAUGAAAGAAGCAUUAUCAUGAGAAGGACUUCCCUUGAUCAACCAAGAGAUCCUCCCCCUUUCACCAGAACAGUCAAAAUGGACACUGCCCUUUCAUGCCCGGUCCACUCUUCCCGCACUCCUCCACGCAGCAUCAAGCCCAUCUCGGUCAGCCCCCCCGAUGAUCACCCGACACCCGAGACCCCAAACUCGCUAUCAGCAAGCUACUUUCCCAGGACACCUCGGGUAGUGCCGAAUUACAUGGCCGCUACCGUGUCCGCCAAGGCCCGCUCACAGAGUUCCCCCAAGCAGCAAAGGCCUUCCACACCUGAUAGAGAAUUUAGUUCUUCUGCAAAGAAACGGCUUUCUUUUCCGGCAGUAUUUGAGUCACAUUCAUGGGAAGAGGAUGCAUACAAUAUAUAGUUGGCUUGCACUAGCUCAUAAUAGCUUAGCUUCGAUAAUCAAAACGAUUCACACACAACACCUUUUGCAGGGUUAUCCAGUUAUGGCUAAUUUUGGUUUUUGAACUUUGGGGUAGUUUUUUAUUUAGACUUUAAAAAAAGAUAAUAUAACUAAGGACAAUAGGAAGGAAUUUCUAUAUGUUCCCUCCGUCCCAAAAAGCCUUUCUAUCUUUAUCUAUCCCAAAACCUCUUCCAAUUAUAUUAAGAAGUUACUUUAACCCCGUUGUGCGUUAUCUGGUCAAAUAGCUUUAAGGUGUGAAUUAAUUCACGGACAUAUUUCAAGUUUUUUCUCAUAUAAUUCAGAUGAUUCAUUAUGCUCUUCAGAUGAUGAUGAGUUGGAUCAUAGAUGUAGAAGAAGAUGAAGAAUAAAAGCUCUAUAAGCACACAAGUAAUGAUGACUCUGUCAUAAAUAGGAACUUGAUGU